UAUAUGUGAAGACAAAUGACACAAAUUUUUUAUGACUGCACGGAAAUGAUGUAGAAAUUGCAUUGUUUUGCAAUUAUACAGGAGAUAUGUGUUACAACCCUACUAAAUAUAUAAGAAAUUGGAAUCACCCGCAUUUUGGAACAUACCCAAAAGAUUCAAUGGUUAGUGUGAAACAAAGAGCGGACUGUAAAAAAGUGGGUCUAGUAAAAAUCGCAAUAAUUUAACAUUUUAUGACUAAACUAUCGAUUUUUUCCACGUGUAGUCACUUUCGAGUUUAGUCUCCAACCACAAUGGGGUCGCAGUGAGCAAGAUGGAGUGCAAGUCUACCAUUGCCAUGACAACCGUACGAAAUAUCACAGCAGCUAUUAAGCUGAAUGGAGAUAAGACCUAAGUCGUUUUCACAAAAGUUAUCCACACAUACUAAGAUGAUCUUCUCUUGGACAAAACAAUAUAGAAUACUAUUCAUACUACAAUACAUACUUUUGCUUUACGACGCAAGUGUAAAUGCAGUUGUUAUAUUGUGCCAAAACCAGCCGGUUGAUGUGCUCAUUCUUUAUAUAACUCAAGACUUAUGUUUAAUGGUGUCAUUGACCAUACUUCUAGGUAGCUUUUUCUCUACCUACAUAUUUCGGGUUGGACUGAUAUAUCUACUAUAUUCAAGAUUUCGCUUGGCAAUAAUGCUUUGUGUCAUUUAUAUUGUUCUUAGUAUUACAUUGCAUUCUUGGCAUAUGACUUACCGAUGGCCCUCUCCACAAAUUCACCAUUGGAAUAAAGGUUUUCAUAUUAUGUAUGCUACACACAGAAUAGUUGCAGUUAUAUACUAUUACUUCUACAAAAGAGCAACAUUGAGUAUCAGCGAUCCACGACUGUUUCAAACGUCCAGCUGGGAACAAAACCCAUUGAGUGUUUCCUGAUUUGUUGUUUGAAUAAACACGUCAAGAAUAUAUUACCAUAAUUUUGAACUUCAUACAUUAUUGAAUAAAAUGAAGAUGUAAAUAUAGGUUUUGGGAUAGGUAAAGUAAUCUCUAAUGCAAGAUAUGGAAAAUUCGCACAAUUGUCCAAUUGCAAGCAAUUUGAAAAAAUAAUAUAUGCUAAUAGAAAAUUCAGACAAAUUUCUGUCAUUGAUUCUUAAACUUGUCAAUAAUCAACAUUAAAGAUUGUCAUAGGCGUUGAUUAAUUAUGAAAAUGAAAUAUAAUUCUGGGGUAAUCAUAAAGAUCUAUUUCAAAAAUACCAUGAGGGUGAAAACCCUUUCAAUUGGUAUGUAUAGACGCAAGUAUACUAUGGUUCUUGCAAUGGUUUACGGAUUUAUUAAAAAAUGUUCACAACUCGCAAGUGUUCGAUGACUCAACUACUUAUUGCAUGAAUUUUGGUUGAAAUUUCAAGUACAUACAAGUUGUAACAUGUAUUUGGACACAAACACAUUACUACGGCCACUCUGUAUAAAAGUUCUUAGACAACAAAGCCUCUAAUGUGCUGACGUAUCUGUAACCACAACGUUCUGUUAAUUUUCUUAAAACGAAAUUUCCAGUUCCGCUUGAAAUUG